CCGCCCUUUUUGGCCCGGGCGGGCCUCCGUCGAGCGCGGCGGCGGCGGCGGCGGCGGGGAGGUCGGCCAUGAGCGAGGUCCGCCACGCGCUGCUCCGCCGGGACGCGCUGAGCGCCGCCAAGGAGGCGCUCUACCACCUGGACGUGCUAGUCAGCGGGCAGCUGCAGAGCGCGGCGGCCCUGCCGCCUGGGGACGCGGGCCCGGUGGAGCUGCUGGAGGAGUUCGUCUUCCAGGCGCUGCAAGAGCGCGGCGGGGCGCAGCCCAAGAGGCUGACGGCGGUGCAGGAGCUGCAGCUGCUGGAGACCAUCUGCGGCUACUUCCAGGAGCAGAGCAAGGAGGCGGUGCGGCAGGUGGUCUUCUCGGCGCUCUUCGCCCCGCAGGGCAACAAGGCGGACGACAGCCGCAUGGCGCUGCUGGGCAAGUUGGUCUCCGUGGCCGUGGCCGUCGGCCGGGUGCCCGUGCUCGAGUGCGUGGCCUCCUGGCUGCAGCGCACCCCGGCUGUCUAUUGCGUGAGGCUGGCACGGGCGCUGGUGGACGACUACUGCAGCCUGGGGCCCGGCUCUGUCCAGACCCUCCAGCACAUCUUCAGCGCCAGCCCUCGAUUCUGCUGCCAGUUCAUCACUGCUGUCGCCAUGUUUUACGACUUGUCCUCAGAUGACCUCAUCCCUUCCCCCGAUUUGCUGGAAAUGGUCGUCUCCUGGAUCUUCGAAGACCCCCGGUUGAUCCUGAUCACCUUUCUGAACACACCAAUUGUAACAAGCCCGCCCAUUGGCUUUCUGGAGCUCACCCCGCUCUGUGGCCUGAUCUGCUGGUGUGUGAAAGCCCCGUUGGCUUACAAGAGACAAAAGCCACCUCCCUCCAAUGGGGCUCUUGGUGGGAAGUGGGACAUGCCGGACAGCUUUGACAGAGACUGCCACCUGCUAUACUCCAAACUGCACCUCAGCAUCCUUCAGGUGCUGAUGCUGCUUCAGGGGCACUUGACCGAGAAGAACCUGUAUGGACGCCUUGGGCUAGUGACUGGAGAGCAAAUGGCUUCCCUAGUGGAGGACGUGCGCCUUCUCUCUGACAAGCUGAACCCUCUCCACGCAGCCAAGGAGAUCGAGCUGGCACUGGACCGGCUGGCCCAGGUCUUGCAGGUGGCCAUGGCCUCUGGAGUGUUGCUUUGGACAAGAGAGAAUCUAAGGACAGUGUGCUCUGGGCUGCCACAUAACAACUUGCUCCAGCUGGUGAUUUCGGGUCCAGUCCAACCGCCAGCCCAUGCUGCUCUGCCCCCAGGAUUUUAUCCCCCUAUCCAUACCCCUCCGCUUGGAUACCCUGCCCAUGCCGCUCACCCUGCUCUCCCUGCUCAUCCUGUGCAGGCUUUCAUGCCAGGCAUGGCAUUUCCAUAUCGGCCCAUUCGCUAAAGGCUUGGUUCAAGCACUUCAACUUUUCCAUGCCUUGUGGAAGCUUUAGAGAGAGAGCCCAUUGUUUUGGGGUUGUGUGUGUGGGAUUUCUAUAUUUAUUAGAGAAACAAGUCUUAGAGAAAGAGAUUGUUUUUUCUGGGAGGAGAGAACUGAUGGUGCUGGACAUUAACAACGUGGAAUUAACACCGAUUCAGGCAAAAUGGAUUGGCCAUAAGAUGUACAGUUCCAGCUUUUGAAUGGGCAAGAGCCCUUUCCUUCCUAUUGUUGACGAGCUAUCAGAUUAGGAAUUCCAGUAUUUCUCUGCCGAUGAGCAGAGCUGAAUUGCUAUCCUGGCCUCCGGUUUGCCCGGCGGAGCGAGAACGGCAACGAUGGAGCUUCCAUGGUCGGAAACAGCCACGAGGUGGGCUGCCGGUUCCGAUCUCGGUGGAAGGCCACAGCCGGGAGACUUUCUGGGCGUGCAGGAUCGCCCGGCCGAAGCGGCGCUCUGCGGAGAUACUGCGCCUGCGUCGGCGCGCCUCCUCGGGUCACGCGAGUCAGGUGACCUUUUGCGGUGGCCAAUGGGGCGGUGCUUUAUUGCGGGGUGCUCCGCCGCCGCCUUGCUGUGUCUGGUCCGGGAUGCGCUGAGCGAGGAGCCGGGGCAGCUGCCGCCCCUUCUCAGGUGUGAAUGACAGAGGAGGUGCCUCCGACUGCACUCAGCGAGAUAUACCUUCGCCUUUUGUGUCAUGAUGACAUAGACACGGUCAAACAACUCUGUGGUGAUUGGUUCCCCAUUGAGUAUGUUGCAUUCGUCUGUCUGCAACCACUCGCUAGGCUAGAAUGAAAUCUGUCCUUGAACUGUGUAAAAGGGAGCAUGGAACUGUGUUUCUGCUUAAAGUUGACAGCUUGGAGGUGGUAAUGUUUUCAUGAAUAAAAUUAUCAUCUCGUUCAACUCCCUCCCAGCAAUAAGGCCAUUCAGUCUGUCCUUGCCUAGAUCUUAUUGUCUUGCUGGGAGCCUGUCAUCAACACAGAACAGUUAGGCACCACUGGGGAGGAGGCCCAUACCUUCCGUCGUGAGCUCAAAACAUACUUAUUCAUUCAAGCGGGACUGGCAUAAUAGUGUUGAAUUUUAAUUUGGGGUUUUGUUAAUAUUUUAAAAUUUAAAAUUUAAAUUUUUAAUUAUCAGCCUUUUAUAAUCUGCUAUGUUUUAACUGUUGUUUUAAUUGUAUAUAUCUUGUGUUUUAUUAUUGGCUGUACACCAACCCUGAGUCCUUCGGGAGAAGGGCGGUAUAAAAAUUUAAUUAAUAAAUAAAUAAAUAAAUAAAUAAAUAAAUAAAUAAAUAAAUAAAUAAAUAAAUA